AUGUCGGUGGAGGCGUCAGGAAUGGAAACUGGCACUUGGGUGGGGGUCCCGGUGGCUGGGUCUGAGUGUUUGCUGUUCCUGCUCCUUGAGGAGCACAGCCCUGGUGCCCAAGAGUUCCUGUGGAGUGGGGGAAUCAUGGCACAAGUUGCAGUUUCCACCCUGCCCAUUGAAGAUGAGGAGUCUGCUGAAGAUGAGGAGUCUGCUGAGGAUGAGGAGUGUGUUGAAGAGGAGUCUGUGGAGAGCAGGAUGUUGGUGACAUCCCUCAUGUCAGCUCUCAAGUCCACGGGAUCAUGGCACAAGUUGCAGUUUCCACCCUGCCCAGUGAAGAUGAGGAGUCUGUUGAAGAUGACGAGUCCUUGGAGAGCGGGAUGGUGGCGACAUUCCUCAUGUCAGCUCUCAAGUCCAUGGGAGCUUAUAGCUUCAUUGCACCAGUGUGGCAUUUGGGCCCCGGCUGGCAGCGACGACUGCCUUUCUGUUGGGUGUCUGAGUGCUAUGAAGAUGCACACGGGUCCACAUGCAUUCCGUUUUGAGAAUCCAAUUCGAGUGAAGAAAUAUCCGUAUUUGUGGCUCUAUUACAAUGGUGAAAUCUACAACCAUAAGAAGCCAAAAUGUGAGUAUGACAGACAAAGAGGAAGACAUCAAGGACUCUUCAUCCUCCCAGUUUGCCAGUGA